ACUUCCGGCGUGAGCGGCGAAAGCCGGGAGGGCGAGCGAGAGAGCGAGCAGGCAGCAGGCAGCAGGCAGCAGGCGGGCGGGCGGACGGCACGGAGGGAGGGAGCGAGCGAGCGAGCAGUGAGUGAGCCAGCGAGGGCGGCCGCGUCCCUAGAACAGCCGAGAUUCUUCCCGCCCCUCUGACCCCCUCCCCGGAGCCCACAGCGCCUCCGGUCUCCAGUGGAGCGGACACGGCCCGGCCCGGCCAUGGCCUCGUUGCUGAAGGUGGAUCAGGAAGUGAAGCUCAAGGUUGAUUCUUUCAGGGAGCGGAUCACAAGUGAGGCAGAAGACUUGGUGGCAAAUUUUUUCCCAAAGAAGUUGUUAGAACUUGAUAGUUUUUUGAAGGAACCAAUCCUAAACAUCCAUGACCUAACUCAGAUCCACUCAGACAUGAAUCUCCCAGUCCCUGACCCCAUUCUUCUCACCAAUAGCCACGAUGGACUGGACGGUCCCACUUACAAGAAGCGAAGGUUGGAUGAGUGUGAAGAGGCUUUCCAAGGAACCAAGGUGUUCGUGAUGCCCAAUGGGAUGCUAAAGAGCAACCAGCAGCUAGUGGACAUUAUUGAGAAAGUGAAACCUGAGAUCCGGCUGCUGAUUGAGAAAUGCAAUACGGUCAAAAUGUGGGUACAGCUCCUGAUUCCCAGGAUAGAAGAUGGGAACAACUUCGGGGUCUCCAUUCAGGAGGAGACAGUUGCAGAACUAAGAACUGUUGAGAGUGAAGCUGCAUCUUAUCUGGACCAGAUUUCUAGAUAUUAUAUUACAAGAGCCAAAUUGGUUUCUAAAAUAGCUAAAUAUCCCCAUGUGGAGGACUAUCGCCGCACCGUGACAGAGAUUGAUGAGAAAGAAUAUAUCAGCCUUCGGCUCAUUAUAUCAGAGCUAAGGAAUCAAUAUGUCACUCUACAUGACAUGAUCCUGAAAAAUAUCGAGAAGAUCAAACGGCCCCGAAGCAGCAAUGCAGAGACACUGUACUGAGGCCAGGGCCGGGGCCAGGGCCAGGGGACUCUGUGAGUCUGGCUCAAGACCGACAUUGCCUUGGUUUGUUACAUGACUAUCGUGAUGGGGAAACUGGCUGGAAAUAGUAAUCACACCUCUCUCUGUUUUUAGUUAGAGUCUAAUGAAACUCUCAUGUAGUUCUGUGA